AUGUCUGCUCCCGAGAAGGACAUCCUGCCUUAUUAUCCUCCGCCUCCCGCUGGAUACCGCCGCGGAUUGGAAGGCUUUCAGAGCAAGAAGGGCUCGGCGUGCUGGAAAACGCUAUCUCUCGCUGCCGUGGCGAUAUUCGUCCUUCUGUGCUACCGACAGCCUUUUGCGCUACGAGACCCUCUGAGGCUCCCUGGUCAUCGGUGCGGGUCUAGCACGAAUUUCACAGCAACGGACCCCGCGGAGACGUACCCAGGUCUCCCCACGCUCAACAUCACCAAGUCCAUCUCGCGCAAAUGGGCAAGUUUUACGCCUUGGCACCCCGUCGCGAACUAUACCCCGCCACCGGAAGGCUGCACUAUCACCCAGGUUAACCUGCUUCAGAGACACGGAGCGCGUCGGCCCUCCAGCGACGACGGUGAUCUCUACGCGAAGUCCGUCAAGAAGCUCGUCCGGGCUUCGAAACACUCGGCACACGUGGACUCUUCUCUGAAAUGGCUCAAGCAUUACCAUUACGACCUCGGUGAGGCCGACUUGAUUGGACUAGGCGCAGAGCAGUCGUUCUACGCCGGUCAACUAGACUACGAACGCUACGCCAAACUCGGUCUUAUCUCUUCUCAGAACGUUCCGUUCGUCCGGGCGUCUGGCAAGCAGCGCGUCGUCGACUCGGCCACCAACUGGACGGCGGGAGUCGCCCACGAGAGCGAACUGGACGAAAUCCCGUUGAAGGUGAUUAUCCCCGAAGAGAAAGGGAUCAAUAAUACCCUCAACGACGAUAUGUGCCCGAGCAGCACGAAAGGCGGCAGAGAGACCCACCUAUGGCUUGAUACGUGGGGCCCCGCAGUCCGCGACAGGAUCAACGAGCUUGCAUUCGGCAAGUCAGUCAAGAAGACGAAGAAGAAGCACCUCCUCGACCUCGACGACGUGUACAACGUGAUGUCCACCUGCGUCUUCGGAACUGUCGUCCACAACGCGUCCAGCCCGUUCUGCGACCUAUUUGAGGAAGACGAGUGGGCUAAAUUUGAGUACUACGGAGAUCUGGAGAAGUUCUAUGGGCGAGGGUACGGGCAAGACCUCGGACCUGUGCAAGGCGUCGGCUACGUCAACGAGCUCCUCGCUCGCCUCACCAACACUCCGGUGGUCGAUAACACUCAGACGAACAAGACGCUCGACUCCGACCCGGCGACGUUCCCGCUGGGAAAGACAUUUUACGCAGAUUUCAGUCACGAGAACCUGAUGGCAGCCGUGUAUGCCGCACUGGGCCUUUUCAAGGAAGAACAAGGCUGGCCAUUGGACCCUGAGCGCAUGGACCCUAACCGCAUCUGGCGCGCGUCCCGCAUCACGCCAUUCAGCACGCGACUCGUGGUCGAGAAGUUGGCCUGCGAGGAUGUCGACAGCGAACCCGACCUUGUGACAAGCCAGAGCGAAGUGGCGAAGUCGACGCUGGUUGCCGAGUACGUGCGCAUUUUGGUGAACGACGCGGUGCACCCGCUCGAGCACUGUUCCGAGGCUGGGAAUGGGGGCGAGAGGGGCGACGGAUUAUGUACGCUCAAGGCGUUCGUCGAGAGCCAGGCGUAUGCGAGGAGCCAGGGAGGCGGAGAUUGGGAAAGGUGCGGGUGGAAAGUCGAGUGAGGCAAUAUACCC